AUGACGAUUCCUUUAUCACCUAAAAAAUCAAACUUGCCUAUAGAUCCUAGUGGAGGGGCUACGUUUCGUUUUCAAGACAAGUUGCCUAAAUUACCUAUUCCCGAAUUAGAAAUUACGGCAGCCAAAUAUCUUUCAGUGCUACAACCAUUGCAGACGCCGAAAGAACACGAGGACACAAAAGUUGCCGUUUCUGAAUUCCUUGCUAAAGAAGGCCCCGAACUACAAAAGAAACUGAAUACGUAUGCUACGGAUAAAUCAUCUUACAUCGAAGAAUUUUGGUACGACUCGUAUCUUCAUCAUACAGAUCCCGUCGUGUUAAACUUGAAUCCGUUCUUCUUAUUGGAGGAUGACCCUACACCAUUACGAAACGAUCAAAUUGUACGUGCUUCGUCCUUAAUUUACUCUACCGUGACGUUUAUCGAUGCCUUACAAGCCAAAGAUCUGGAGCCUGAUGUAUUUCGAGGCACCCCCUUGUGUAUGUCUCAAUUCGGUCGUCUGUUCUCUACUGCGCGUGUUCCUACUCAAGAUGGAUGUUACAUUGCACCUGCUGAUGAAGCCCGACACAUUGUGAUUAUGGCACAAUCCCAAUUUUAUCACUUUGAGGUGUUUGACGAACAAGGUCGUGUCAUCCUGAAUGAAAAGGAAAUUUCUGCUAAUUUGAGAGCGAUUACAAAGGAUGCAGCACAAACACCCGUAUCACAAAUAGCGCAGCAGGCCGUGGGUGUCUUGACAACCGAAAAUCGCUUAAAUUGGGCAAGAUUACGUGAGGAACUACAAUCGGAUAAAAUGAAUGCCGCUUCUCUUAAAGUCAUUGACACCGCCUUGUUCAUUGUCUGUCUCGAUCACGUGGAACCAGCUGAUAUCAAUGAAUUGAGUACAAAUAUGUUGUGCGGUACUUACCGUUUGAAUGACGGCAUGCAAGUAGGCACUUGCACCAAUCGUUGGUAUGAUAAGCUUCAGAUUAUCGUCUGCAAAAAUGGCAGUGCUGGUAUUAACUUUGAACACACGGGCGUGGAUGGUCACACUGUGCUUCGCUAUGUAUCCGAUAUUUACACAGAAACGAUUCUUCGGUUUGCCAAGACGAUCAACAGCCAAACGAAAUCCAUCUUUCAUUCUUACAAGCCUAACGGUAACAAUGCACGUGAAGAUCCUGGCAGUAAAAUCGAUAGCAAUCCUCGUCGCAUUGAAUGGAAUAUGACGGAUACAAUUCGUUUAGGCAUUCGGUUUGCGGAAACCCGACUUUCUGAUUUGAUCCUUCAGAACGAGGUUAAGGUGCUUGAAUUUAAUAAGUACGGAAAAUACUUUAUCACGGACAUGAAGAUGAGUCCCGAUGCAUUUGUUCAGAUGGCAUUCCAGGCAGCUUACUAUGGUCUGUAUGGUAAAAGUGAAUGCACAUAUGAACCUGCGAUGACCAAGACCUUUUUACAUGGUCGCACUGAAGCCAUCCGUAGUGUGUCUGAGGCCUCUUCCAAGUUUGUGAAGGAGUUUUACAGCAAGAAUGCCAGUAGCCAUGAAAAAUUGGAGUCACUGCGUGCGGCACUCAAAAACCACACCAGGUUAACAAAAGAAUGUUCGAUGGGUUUGGGUCAAGACCGCCACUUGUACGCUUUAGAAUGCGUCUGGGAUCGAUUAUACAAGGAGCAAAAGAAGCCUAAGAUAUUUACGGAUCGUGGUUGGAAAAUUUUAAACCAUACCGUCAUGAGUACCUCGAAUUGUGGAAACCCGGCUUUACGAUUAUUCGGGUUUGGCCCAACCGUGUCGGAUGGUUUUGGGAUUGGUUACAUCAUUAAGGAAGAUGGUAUUGCAUUCGUGGCUUCUUCUAAACAUAGACAAACACAGCGAUUUUUAGACACGCUCAAGACUUAUUUGAUGGAUAUACAAGCUUUAUUAAUGAAGGAAAAAUACCCUACGGGAGUUUCUCAACGUCAGCGUGUCUUAGAAAUGGAGGAAGCUGAAAGAGAUCACGUCAAUGGAUAUAGUUAUUUUGAUAAUGCGGACCAGUCGCUUGAUUCUUCAUCUACUUCCAGUGCUGGCAGUCAAUCUCCUCGUAAAAAAGUAGGAAAACGUCUCGUGUUACACGAAACCGAUGAAUAA